UUCCAUUGACAACCAUGGCGCUCACCAUUGAAGAAUACCAAGUACAAGACGAUCGUUACCAACUUUACGAUGUUUACUUCUUUAGUGACAAAAUCCUAACGACCGUUACUCAUGAUCCAGACAUAGUAACGGACUGGAUCAACGAAAUUGAAUACGUCCAUCGACGACGUCUCAAUCGUCUUAUCGUUGGCCUAGACGUAGAAUGGCGGCCUAAUUUCAACCGUUACCAACAAAAUCCAGUUGCAACUCUCCAGCUUUGUGUUGGUCGUCGUUGUCUCAUAUUCCAACUACUUUAUUGCCAACAUAUACCUGAUGCCUUAACGGAGUUUAUGUUGAACCCUUGUUAUGCUUUUGUUGGAGUGGGAGUUAAGAAUGAUGUUGAGAAGUUGGAGGAGGAUUAUGAGUUAUGUGUGGAGAAUGUUGUUGACUUGAGGUACUUGGCGGCUGAGGUGUAUAAUUCCAGGAACUUGAGGAAUGCUGGAUUGAAGACACUAUGUGAAGUUGUGCUUGGAAGAGAGAUUGAAAAGCCGAGGCAUGUUACUAUGGGGAGGUGGGAUAAUGAAUGGCUCGAUAUGGAUCAAGUGCAGUAUGCUUGUAUUGAUGCUUUUGUUUCUUUCGAGAUUGGAAAGAGCUUGAAUGCUUCGGGGUACUAAUCUUCUGAUUGAUUGGACUAUUUCUCAAUUUGUGUGUGUCUCGAUAAUCAGUUGUUUAAAUAUGGACUAAUUCAAAUUGGUGACUAGGGUUGGUAGUUUUUGGGUAAAAAAAGAUAAAAGAUGUUCCUGAAUUGUUAGUGUUUUUGUUUAUUUGGUUCUUGCAUUGGCUUCGUACUAAAUUUAGUGUUUACUGUUAGGUUCCGUUUUAAAUUUGGCUAUUUGCACUAAGCAAUUGAAAGCAUGUUGCAAUUGAAGUAUGUUAAUCGGGUUCAAUGUGAAUAACAAUUUUGAUGUGUGCA